AUGGCAUCAGUAUUAGAAGACGGUUGGACGGAAAAAAACAGCUUGGAGUUAAUAAGAGAAUAUAAAAAAAAACCUUUAUUAUGGGAUAAAAAGAAUCGGUACUUUUACAAUACGAAUAUGAAACGGACCGCUUGGGAAGAAAUCGGCGAAGCUAUGAAGAUUUCUGCCGACCAAUGCAAGCAUAAAAUACAUUAUUUGGUGUCGUAUUUUAGAAAAGAAAAUGAUAAAAUUCUGAAAAGUUUAAAGAAUUUGACAGGCGAUAGGCGUAUAGUUUCAUCGCGACCAUACAGAAGUAGAUGGUUCGCUUUCGAAGAAAUGACUUUUUUAUUGGACACGGGUGCCGAAAGAAAACGUCAACAAAAUGAAUACUCGAAUGAAACAGACGAGAACAGUGAAGACACUUCCACUAUCAAACUGUCAUUGCAACGCCAACGUUUGAAACAAUCUUAUCGCCCAGCUAAGAAAGUUAGGGUUAUGUCUGGUAAUAACCAGACAAAAGUUAGUGAACGUGAAACGGAAGCCGGUCCUAGUCAAACGCCAUCCGAAAGAGAUGAGGAAAUUGUAUCUUUCACUACAUUUAUUAGUAACAAAAUGAAGAAGUACUCCGACACGACCAAAAACGCCGUGCAACAAGCCAUAUGUGAUAUAAUAUUCAAAGCAGAUCAAAAUGCUUACGAAAGUAAUUACUAUAACAAAUUGUCGAUAAUAGACGCGGUAGAGGAUCCUCUAAGUGAGGAAACGUUUGAAGAAUACGUUGAACAAAAACCUAUAAUUAAAAUAAAUUACUCUGACAGUGAUUAG